AUGUUUGAAAUUGAGGAAAUAAUUGAUUCGUUGUUUGAAGAAUAUAGUUCAACAUAUCUGAAAACUCAAUCAGAAGAAAAUUUUUUAGAUGCACCUCAAAAUUAUGAGAAAUUAAUUAGUAAAGCAAUUUACGAUUAUGAAACUUCGAAAGUAGCAUCUAUUUUAGAAGUUGAACGAAAUACAUGGUGUUUACUUCAUGAAUUAGAAGCACUUCGUUUAACAGAGAAAGAAAAAACCAAAAUAACUGAAGAUCCAUUUAAGACAGAUAAGAAACGUCUCGAUGAACUUUUUAUAAUAGAUGAUGAAUUUUCAGAAGCUUGGGUUGUACGUCAGUGGUUACAGAGUACUGCACCAUCAUUUAAUCAAGUUGAAACUUUUACUGAAUUUUUUCAAGACACUCUUAUAGAAAAUAACACAAUUAAUGAUAAAUCAAAAUCAAAAUCAAAAAACAUUGAAGCAAGAAAUGAAGAGAUUCUUAAAGAAAAUGAUCAUAUCCCUGAUUUUAAAUUGGUGUCGCUACUUGGUCUUUUUGAAUUUAAUGGCAAAUUACAUCCAAAUGAUGAAGUUUAUAAUAGGGAACUUUAUAAAUCAAUAUUUGAAUAUUUACGUAGAGGAGAAUAUGAAACUGCUUGUGAUUUGUGUAAUAAAGCUAGUCAGCCAUGGUUGGCUGCAUGCAUAAGUGGAUUUUUUUUAUAUGAUGAAAAAGAUUCGGAUUUUAUCAAUUUUGAUGAAGAAACAUUUGGUAAUUUCAAUAGAGAGAUAUGGCGAGUAGCAUGCUAUAAAGCAGCUAAAGAGGUUAAUACACAUCGAGACAAAUACAAUCGUGCAAUUUUUUCUACACUUUGUGGUGAUGCGGAAAAUGUUCUUCUUGCUUGUAAUUCUUGGGAAGAUUAUCUUUGGGCAUAUUAUAACGAAUUAGUUGAAAGUAAACUAGAACAGUAUUUUUAUGGAAGUAUUCGUCAAAAUAAGAUUAUAAUUGAUGACUUUAGAAUUUCAUCCAAAGUAUUAAAUUUAUCACCAACGGAUAUAUUUAUUAAAGCUUUUCAUGAAAUUCAAACAUACAUAAUUUUGAAUGAUAAAGAUGGAGUGAUUAGAUUUGUAAAUCAAACCCUGUUUAAUAAAUACAAUCUUCGUAAUGAUGAUUCGCUUCUUUAUUCACACAUUCUUCAAUUUGCGGCACAUUAUGUAUUAUAUUUAUUUGAUUUAAUGGAUUCAGUAGAUAAUGAUGCUUAUGAGAUUCUUAAAUUAUAUGUAGAUUAUUUAAUAGAACAAAAGAAGGAUUUAUUAGUUCCAAUAUAUGCAUCCAAAUUGCCAAGACAAUUAUCAAUUGAAGCAUAUGCUAAAUUAUUAAAAAGUAUUAUAAUGGAAUAUUAUGAAAGUAGGUAUAAAAUAUUUAAAUUGGAAUAUAUGACUUUUAAUUCCAACCAUGUUAUGGAAACAUUGGAAUAUGCCAACACUUUGUCCAGAAGAUUUCUGUUGAGCUUGGGUAAAGAUAAUUCAAAUUUAGCGAAUUAUAAAAUGUCAGAUUCAGAUAUAGAAUUGGAGCAUUUAUUUUAUGUUAAAAUUGUUGACUUUUUUGUAAAGCAUGUUGAAUGGUUGGAUAUUUGGAAAAAAAAAAUUCAAAAUGCCAAAUUUGAUUCAUAUCAAAUUGAAGACUGGAACGAAUCUAUCAAAGAAAAUUGUGAAAACUUGGAAAGAUCAUUUGAUGAACUUAUAAUUUUAUAUUAUAAUCCACAAGAUAAUGAUAUAGACGAAUAUACAUUAACCACAGAUAAACAUGAAGCUUCAACGAAGGAAAUUACAUCUAUUUUAGAUAUUUAUAUUCCAGAAGUAAUUAUUCGAAUGUAUGAUGUUUUUUAUAAAACACGUGAAAUUAUUCCAGAUAAUUUAUAUAAAAGUUAUCGUCUUGCUGACCUAGUGGUUGAUGACGAACACAAACUUUACACACAUUUCAAGAAUUCAAAUAAAUUGAAUUUAUUUUUAAAAAAUAUAAGGAUUUCAUUUAUUGAAAUAAUGAGAAUAAAUCCACAUGUAAUUGACAAAUCAUAA